GUGUUGCGCGCCCGCACCGCGCGACGAUCGAACUCGACGAUCUCCGCCUCGAUUGAUCCGGUCGACCGCCGAUCCUCCGCCGGCGCGUCCCCUCGCGAUACGUCCGCGAUGAACGUCCGCUCUAUUGGAAAGUCGAAGAUAGUGCGCCGGUAACUCGCCCGACGAUGUUCGUCGUGUUCUAGACCGAUCGGCGCCGGGACCCAUGUGUACCGCUAGAUUAGUGUCCAAGGAGAUAACGUGAUGUGACAACGUUACAUAUUGCAGUGGCAGUGAAAUAGUUUUGUGAAAGUGCGUGCGCGCGAGCGAGCAGACGGGUGCGAGCCGCGCACUCCGUGACAAUGUUGAAUUGCACCGACCUGGAAUGCAUCCUGCACCAUCACCACUACUAUGCGCAUCUCCACCACAUCCACCACCUGCAGAAUGCGCAGGAUACAGCAAUGUCGGCCGACGGGUCGACGACAGACAUCCAUGGCUUACUUAACGAUACUGAAUCAGAUCUCACCGGCCUAUCACACGUUGAUGCCCCGAAUGAUGCGAAUUACAUGAUCGGUGGUGUGGUCAUCGCCAUGGCUCUAGUGGGCCUCAUCAUAGUGCUCCUAGCACUCACCAUCAAUAAGCUGCGCAAGCGCGAGGAGCACUCGGCUUCGGUGCACCCGGCCGAAGCCGUGCUCCAGGCCGCGCCGCAGCAGCCGCCCGAGCCUCUUGCCUUCCGCCAGCCGCUGUGGCAGUUCCCGCCGCCGCUGCCUCCGCCCUACGUCUAUCCUCAUGAUCAGGACAAUUUGAUGCAGCCGAUCGGCAACGAGCGGGCGAGUUUUCGAAGCCUGCGCAAGAACAUCGGCGGUCGUUGGAAACGACUCGUCAAGAAGAAGCCCGAACAGGAGGUGUACACGAUACCUCCCGAGCUGAAGCCCCAGCUCAAGCAAAUAUACGUUUACUAAUUGUAGCUGUAACGUCUGCAUAGAAGCAGGACUCUUCAUGCUAAAGACCUCAACCGAGCCCCCCGGCUCGUCAAUGUUCAUAUCUUCUCGAAUAUCAAAAUUUGUAGCAGCAUCUAUGCACGGGCUAGCGCCCAUCUUCAACAUAUCUUACAUAUCUUUUGACCAAUUCUUAUGACCAAUCUUUGAUCGGCACGUCGAUGUGAUGUAACGCCUAGACGUAUUAAUAAGUAUUAGGACAAUGUUUAUUUGUAUGAUUCGCGAGUGAUAGUCAAAUAAAAUAGUUUAAUAAUUAAUUUAAUUAUGAAUGAGCUUAGGAAGAUGCGGUCGCGCAUACUAGUGACGAAAAUCCAAUAAUUAUUAUAGAGAAAACCGUGAUGCCUUUGUAAUGUAAUGAAUAGUUAGGGCAUUUGUAGUUCAUUAACUUAUUGUAGACGUGGUCGCAGUUAGUGGGUGACGAUCAAACGGUUCUGUGUAUGUGUCGACUUCAGUUUUGUUUGAAUAUUGUUCUGAAGCAGUAUUUCAAUAUCAUUCUGUUCUGUUGUGAGUGAGACUGAAAAUAAGGUACAAUUAUGAGUAACGUGACUUAAUGUAAUGUAUCAAAAUAUGAAAUCGCAUUUCUUAACUAUCACGGUAACGUUGUAAUGAGCGAAUUGUUAGUUGCGUUACUUGCAUGCUUUGUUAGUAUAAUUUUCAGAUUUUCGCCCGGUCUGUGCCUACUGUGAUAUAAAUUAAUGGAUUAAAUGUAUGUAAUGAUGAGUGACGUUUUUGAAUUCGCCUUCACCUGGUAGAUUGACUUUGACGAGUAGGAUGGACCGCCGGCUGAGAAUUGAGCUAGCUCAUAUUGAGCCUGAUAUUCUAAAGAUAUAAGUUUUAGCCACUAGGUACAAUAAUUUGAAGCCAUUAUUAUUUCGUUAAUUAUUAACUGUUACAAAAUAUAAUUAAAUGUAUUUAACAGCGUGCAAAGUUUUGUUGAUAAAUGUAUUCUGUCACUGACGAAAAUAAAAUUCCAUCAAUAUGUUA